AUGAAGAUCUAUAAAAAGAAUCAUUUUUUAAAAAUUUUAAUAAUAUUUAUUUAUUUAUCGUGUAAUAUUUUAAAGGUAAAUGCAGAUGGUACAUUUUCAACAAUUCAACCAAGUACAGAUAUUAAAUUUGAUAAAUCAAAUUUAGAAUUUGUUGCCGAAUGGGAUGUUAGUGCAAAUAGUAUUUCAAAUGUUGUAGGUAGUACAGAUUCAAGUGAAUUUUCAUUAAAUUAUGGUGUAUGGGGACCAACAUAUAAUUAUUUAAUCGCAAAAAAUAAAUCACCAUCAAUAAAGGCAAAUGUUGAUUAUACAUUUUCAUUUGAUUUUAAACUUGGUAAAGCUUUAGGAGAAUAUAAUAAUUAUCAAAGUAUGGUAUUAUCUUUUUACAUUCCAGAGGAUAUCGCAUACUUUCCAUGGGAAAUUCGUACACCAUUAUAUACAACCAAUGAAUUCAGUGGUAAUUUCGCAUCUACAAGUUAUCAAUCAAAGAUUUUAACAUUUAGAUCAACAGUUGAUAUUGGUAAUUCAAUAAUGGUACUCCGUAUAAACCGUGCAACUGAAACUGGUCCAACUGCAUCAAGUGUUUAUUUUAGAAAUAUGAAAAUUACAAUUCCAUCAAAACCAAUUACAACACCAACUGAUUUAUUAACAAAAGAUUCUGAAUUAAUUGUAAUUCCAAAACCACCAAUUUCAUUAGACCUACAGGAUUUAACAAAAUGUCCAUAUCUAACUGCAAGUGAUUUAUAUAAUUGGCAUGAUCCAACCAUUUGGCCAAAUGGUGUUGUACCAUCACCAAAUCAAAAUAUAACAAUACCUGCUGGUAAACGUGUUUUAAUAUCUGCUUCUUCAAUUUCACAAACUCAAAUUUACUCAAGAAUUGUUGUACCUGUAAAUAGUGAAUUAAUAUUCAAUGAUCAAAAUUUCACAAUGAAUAUUAGAGAUAUAUAUGUUCAAGGUAAAUUCAUUAUGGGUACAAGUUUAUGUCGUUACAAUUCCUUUAUCAAUAUUAUAUUCCAUGGUGAAAAAACUUUACAAGAUACAAUUGCUCAAUUCUAUGGAUCGAAAGGUAUUGCUGUUGCUUCUGGUGGUUUCAUUUCAGUUCAAGGUAAACAAUAUCAUAAUACAUGGAGUAAACUUGCUUCAAAUGUGUGGUCUGGCGAUAGAGUAAUUUGGAUUCAAGAUAAUGUAAAUUGGGAAGUUGGUCAACAAGUUUUAAUUACAACAUCAGUUUACAAAGAUGAAUUAGAUAAUCAAAAUGAAAUUUUGACAAUUAAAGCUAUUGAAGGUAAGAAAAUUGAAUUCACUGAACCAAUUAAAUGGUUUAAAUAUGGUUCUCAAGAAUAUCAAAGUGAAGUUGCACUUCUUUCAAGAAGAAUUGUAUUCUCAAGUGAUGAAUCUUCAUCUGUUUCAACUUCAUUUGGUGGUCAUAUUCUAUCUUCUGGUGAAAUGCAAUUCGCUGGUGUUCAAUUAAAAAGAAUGGGUCAAAAGAAUGUAAAAGCACGUUAUCCACUUCAUUAUCAUUUAGGUGGUACACUAAAUAAUUCAUUUAUUUCUGAUUGUUCAGUUACUAAUAGUUAUUAUCGUUGUUAUACAAUUCAUGGUACCAAUAAUGUUACAUUAACAAGAAAUGUUGCUUAUGAUGCAUUUGGCCAUUGUUAUUAUUUAGAAGAUGGUGUUGAAGUUGAUAAUAGAAUUUCAUUUAAUCUUGGUGCAUAUGUUCAUACAAUUGGUAAACCUGCUGCUGGUGCAUCUCAAAUUGGUGAAACAUUUUAUCAAAGUAGUGAAUUAACUCAACCAGCAGACUCUGCAGCCUCUUGUUUCUACAUUACAAAUUCAUGGAAUUCAUUUAUUGGAAACGCUGCAAGUGGUGGUUGGGCAGGUUUUGCUUUCCCAAAUUUACCAAAACCAAUAGGUAAUCAUAGAACUCUUAAUAUUAUACCAAUGCAGUAUCCUAUUAAAGAAUGGCAAGGAAAUACAGCCCACUCGAGUGGUUAUUACUUUGAAGAUGGUGCAUCAAUUUAUGUUGGUGGUAAUUUAACAUUUAAUGAAGCAAAUGGAAUGUUAAUUUAUAAUUCAGGUAGAUUAGGUAGAACUACAUAUGUAAAUGGUGUAAAAAAUGAAAAUAAUGUUGUUUUUGAUAGAUUAAAUAAUACAAAGAUAUUUUUAUCAAAUUUAGGUGUUGGAUAUUGGGGUGAAAAUAUAGAGAUUGUAGGUUAUGAAUCACAUGAUAAUACACGUCCUGUAUCACUUUUUGGUAACGUUUGGUUACAUAAUGCACUUGUUAAUGGUCAAUCUGGUAAUAUUUUAACUAAAAAUUCAGAGACAACAAGACAAGGUUUCCGUUUCUAUGAUUUUUAUGUUCAAACCAUAAUUUCAAAUACUAUUUUUAGAAAUUUUAUUCAUUCAACAGCUGCAACUAAACGUGAUGAAGAUAAUGUUGUUAUUACAGCUACUACAUUUAGUGAUGUAUUUAAACCACAAUUUAUUUCAGCAACUAAAAAUAUUACAUUUCAAAAUGUACCACAAUCUCAAAUCAUUGGACAUGAAGAUGUUGCAAAUUCUGGUAGUAGUAGAUUAUUUAAUUUCCUUGAUGGUGAUGGUUCAGUAACAAGUUCAUUCACUGGUAAACCUGGUAUACCACAAAUUGUUGGUUCUCAUGUAUCAUGGUGGAAAUUUGAUGAUUCUUGUUUAUUCAGUACAGAAUGGAAUGUUUGGGUUUGUAAUAAAGGUACUAAAGGUCUUGCUAAUAUUGAAUUUUGGGUACCAGGUUUUAUGGAACGUGAACUUGAACAAGACCCAGAUUCAUACAUUGGUUCAAUUAGUUUAUUUGGUAGUGGUAUAAAUGAUGAAAGAAAAACAUUAUUAACUAGAAAUCCUGGUAUUACUGGUGUUUCAAAUAUGGGUUGGUAUGCUUAUUUCACAAUUGGUACACCAAAUUAUUUAAGGAUAUGGACAGCUCAAAUUGCAUUUGGUGAAUAUAUUUUUUUAGCUAUACCAUAUCCAACUGGUACAACUUUUACAAUUACAAGUGAGUAUGAUUAUUCUAAUCAAUAUACAUACACUAUUACAAAGACAACAUCUGCACUUGCAGUUAAACAAGGUAAUGGCAAACAAUACUACUUUGAUGGUACUCAUUUAUUUUUAAAACUCGUCAAUUUUAUGAAUACUGGUGGAAGUUGGGAAAGUUUCGAUAGAGUUGGUAUAAAGAUUCCAGAUGUAUAUUGGACAUACAUUUACAAUAUUCGUGCUACAAAUACUGCUAAACCAUCUGUAAAUGGUUACUUUUUAAAUUUACCAGAUGUUAGACCAUCUUCAACUUUAUAA